GUUUAAUGGAUAGUUGUCAAAAGCACGUUUGAAUAUUAUUUCAGAAAAGUGAAAAUUGAGUAAAAAUAAUAAAAUCAAUCAUGAAGACGUGCACAGGGUUGAGUCUGGUUAUAGGAAUUUGCCUGGUCGUUAUAGCAACCACUUCGCCUUCGAGAAAGCUCAAAAAGCUCAUUAUUGACACGGAUGCCGGCGGAGAUGACGCAGCAGCCAUAUUACUGGCUCUUGGCUUUGAAAAACAUUCGGAAAUGUCGAACUUUGAAGUCGUUGCAAUCACAUGCACGUACGGCAACACCAAUCUUACGAAUGUCGCUACUAAUGUGUUGAAAAUUCUAACCAUCGCCAAUCGUAGUGACAUUCCUGUUUACGCUGGAGCUCAAAAAUCGAUGAUGAAAAAAUUCACGAAAGGUAAUUACUUCGGCGAGGAUGGAUUCGGAGAUUUUCAUUUCGACGAAGAAAUCGUGGCUCGGCUUAAUCGAUCGUCACAUGCGAGUCUCGCCAUGGUGGAUUUAGCUCGGGAUCAUCCUGGCGAAGUGAGCGUUAUGGCGAUAGGACCGUUGACUAAUCUCGCACUAGCGAUGACUCUGGACUCCAGUUUCGUCAAAAAUGUCGAAAGAUUUUAUCUUCUGGGAUCCUCGGUUCGAGGAUGGGGAAACGUGGCUCCGAACGUUGAGUUCAAUUUCUCUCAAGAUCCCCAAAGCAAUUUCAUAGUCCUCAAUGGAACGGACGAAAAAACAGCUUUUCUCUUUCCCUGGGAAGCGAACCUUGACGCUAAAAUUCCAAUGAAAUGGCGGAGGGACGUUCUAGGAUCCAUGGGCUCGAAGACGAUGAAAUACUUGAAUAAAAUCGAGCGCCCAACUCUGAACGGCCCGGUAUGGCACGUGGGUGAUCUGGCUUUGGCUGCGUUGGUGGUCUAUCCGGAAUUAAUAUCGAGCACACUGGUGACGAAUGUGACGCCAGUUUUUGAUGGCAGCGCCGAAGGUUCUGUUCUAGUCGACUAUGCAAAUACAACGAACAAGCCUCAGAACGUUGAAAUUUUGCUGAGUUUCGAUGUUCCAAAAUUUCAAAAUUUUUUGCUUGACAUAUUUUCGCGAGAUUGAAGAAAUUCUAAAUUCAAAAUGUAAGUUCACUGUAUAGUGAUGCGUAAUGCUUGUGUUAAGAGAGUUUCAUUUUUUUCAUCAGUCGAAUGAUUCUUUAAUGGCGAUGACUUCACGUUCAGAAGUGAUGGGAAAUCGCUGAAUCUCGAGUAUGAGUUCACUGCACGUCUUGCAUCGCCCAAUAAAACAUUUUCUUUCCAAUACUUGGUGUCGAGAAGCUGGCACGUCUCCAGAUUAUUUUGUAAAAUCGUGCAAAAUUACGAGCACGAGUUUCAAAUUAUAAAUCUAUCGGCAGUCAGAAACGCCAAUAUUUUCUGAGCGUUGUAAAGCAAGGCCUCGCUUUUCCUUUGAACGUUGAACGAAAAAUUCAUCUGAAAAAAUGAAAGAAUUUGUUAAAAAUCAUGUCAACUGUGAAAAAAUAUUAUGCAGUAAAUGUUUUGUACCUGUUUUUAUUAGUGCCAGGCAUGAAUAUUUAUGAGCGUCUUUUGAAUGUAAAAAAAUGUUUAUAGCUGCAAUUGUAAAAAAAAAGGAAGUCUAGUGGUUUUUGAGUAUGAAAAAACUGGUUUAGUGAACAAUAUGGUUUAUUUGCUCGUGUGAAAAAAAUUAUUGAGUAAUUAAAUUACUUCGUAAGAUAA